AUGGCUAGUAGAGGUCAAAAAAGAGCAGAAGUUUUGGAAGAACUCCCAGCAGAUAAGCGUGCGUGCAGCUCGCUCGAUUUUCGGCCAAGUUCCUCUGUUUUACCGGCUGAUUCUCUACCGACAUCUGCCCAUGAGACCCAGGAUGCCGAUAUGGACACAUCAUCUUCCACUUCUGGAUCAGCUAAAUCCGAGGGUGAUGGAGAGAAGGAAUCUCCUUAUGGCUCUUGUGAUUCUGAUAACAGCCUCCAUGACUACUAUAGGCAUCAAUCAGGGAAUGAUCAAAGCAACUUUAAGAAAGUGCUUUCGAGUUUAAGCGAGGAGGUGGAGGAAUCGGGCCAGAUGACUCUCCUCAUGGAGCUCUGUGAAUUAUUGUCCUUCUGUAGUGAUGGUACUUUGUCCAGCCAUAUGGCAGACUCAUUCUCACCCAUACUUGUAAGAUUAGCUAGGCACGAGAGCAAUCCAGAUAUAAUGCUUCUAGCGAUUAGAGCUAUAACUUAUUUGUGUGACCAAAAUCCCCGAUCCUCAAGUUUUCUUGUGAGACAUGAUGCAGUUCCUGCCCUCUGUCAGAGGUUAAUAGCAAUUGAGUACUUGGACGUUGCGGAGCAAUGUUUGCAAGCACUAGAGAAAAUAUCCCACGAACAACCACUGGCUUGCUUGCAGUCUGGUGCUAUAAUGGCUGCCUUAAGUUAUAUAGAUUUCUUCUCGACGAGCGUGCAGAGAGUUGCCCUAUCUACUGUUGUCAAUACAUGUAUGAAACUGUCUUCCGACUAUUCUUCACUUUUCAUGGACGCGGUUCCAAUUUUGUGUAAUCUUCUCCAGUACGAGGAUAGACAGCUUGUCGAAAGCGUGGCCACUUGCUUCAUUAGAAUAGGUGGACAAGUGUAUACUUCUCCAAACAUGCUGGAUGAAAUUUGUAAACACGGGUUGGUUCAGCACACCUUACAUCUUAUAGGCUUGAAUAGCCGAACGACCCUUAGUCAACCCACAUAUAUUGGUCUGAUAGGUUUGCUUGUGAAGUUGGCCUCCAGCUCAGCUGUUGCUUUCAGGACACUUUAUGAACUCGACGUAAGCAAAACUUGUAAGGAAACGCUAUCCGCUUACGCUCUAUCACAUGGAAUGCACUCUACUUCAUUGGUGGAUGGACGUCAUAGUCAGAUGAUUGAGGUUCUGAAGUUGUUGAAUGAGCUGCUCCCCACAAUUACCACAGAGCAAGAUGAUCGACAAAAGUCGGACAAGGAAGCUUUUCUUUUGGGCCACCCUGAUGUCCUGCAGAGGUUUGGUAUCGAUCUGCUUCCUAUCUUGAUUCAGGUAGUGAACUCUGGCAUGAAUCUGUUUGUGUGUUACGGCUGUCUAUCUGUUAUCAACAAGUUAGUCCAUUGCAGCUCAUCUGAGGCACUUCAUAGUUUGUUAGACACUGUUAACUUUCCAAGCUUUUUGGCUGGAGCUUUUAUGAGGAAGGAUCAGCAUGUGAUAUUACUGGCCCUUCAGAUUGUUGAUUCUGUAAUGUUCAAGCUUCCGCAUGUUUACUUGAACUCCUUCAUUAAAGAAGGCGUUCUUUUUGCAAUCAGUGUGCUCCUUUCCCCAGAUAAGGAUUUGAAGCUCUCUCCAGUCUUUGAUGGUAUCAGGUUAGGAACUGAUGUAAAGCAAAAAUCAGCUUCCAGGGAUGUCCGUAUAUGCCCGUGCUUCACAUUUGCUGACGGGCAGCGAUCAAACUCUUCAGAAACUGGGAUUUGCAAGCUUCGGAUAAUUACCGCUCAGGAUCUUGCAAAACGUAUAUGGACUACUUACUUCGAAACAGAGUCUGUGAACCCUGAGAAAGGUGUAACUGAUAUUCUUCAAAAGCUGAAAAAGUUGUCCAAUGCACUGACAGCCCUAGUGAAUAAGUCUCUGGAACACCAAUCUAGUCAGCAGGAGGAAGAGAUCUAUGAUAUUUUGCGCCAAAUCAUGUCGGAGCUUAAUGAAAAGGAUUCCAUCUCCACAACCGAUUUGAGGUGUUUGAAAGGCUAUUAUUGUCUUGUGCUGACUCACCUCAAGAAGAAUCUUCACUUUCAAUGCUAA